AUGGCUCCCCUCAUUUCCUCCUACAACGAGAAUGUCCGUCCGAUGCUCGACGCGAUCGACAAGCUGCGAGACCUGGGUCUCAAGGAGGAAGGAAUCGAGCUCCCGACGAUCGUCGUCGUUGGUGACCAAUCCAGCGGCAAAUCGUCUGUGUCGGGAAUCAGCCUGCCGAGAGGCAAGGGGAUCGUUACUCGCGUGCCGUUGAUCCUGAGGCUCCAAUCGUGCUCCGACGGUCAGGAUGAGAUCACGACUGAUUACACCCCUGUCACCGGGAAAGUGUCCAAAGUUCUACCUGAUGAAGCGAUGAUCGAGCAGGCGAUUUCUGAGGCAACAGUGGCUCUAGCUGGCAGCCGGAAAGGCGUCAUGAAUUGUCCAAUUACCCUGCAAGUGCGGCGACCGGACUUGCCUAUCCUAACCCUCAUAGAUCUGCCUGGAAUCACACGCGUUCCUAUCGAGGAUCAGCCGAAGGACAUCUACGAUCAGGUGAAGGCGAUGAUCAUGACCUACAUCACUCCGAAGGAGAGCGUGAUUCUGAACGUGCUGGCAGCGGAGGUGGAUUUCUCCACGUGCGAGUCCAUCGUCAUGUCGCAAGAGGUGGACCCUGACGGCGAUCGCACCCUCGCUGUCGUCACCAAGGUCGACCGCGCGCCUGACGGGCUCUACGAGAAAAUCCAAGGGAAUUCCGUGCGGAUCGGGCUUGGAUACGAGCGACGUGACCUGAUGAGCGGCCUCAUCGGCGGGAGGUAUGAUUCGUUUCAGAGCGACGAGGAGAUGCACUACGCUGCAAGGCUGCACGAGAAAUUCAUCAAAUUCGAGGCUGACAUGCGAGGUGCUCUCCCGAAUUUCCUAGGUGCAGACUACACUGAAAGGUGCAAAAAGGCGUUGAAAGAGGUGGCGGGGAUUUCACUCCCUAACAUGCUGGAUCACGCUGCUGUGAGGCAGCUGGUUCAGGAGGUGGUGGGGGGCAUCGAAGGGCUGUGCAUGCUCCUGGUGACUGACUGCUUUGCGUAUGCGACCAAGGUGCAGGAAGCUGCGGUGUCUGACGUCUGCGGGGUAUACCCCGAGCUGAGCAGCGUGGCUCAACUUCAGGGGCUGAAUUCCCUGAGGGAGACCCAAGAGUCUGCAAGCCGCUUCAUUCAGGACAUGCUGAAAAAGGAAAAGAAAGUGAUAUUUACGGUCAACCACUACUACAUGGAUACUGUUUCUAAAAUCCAUGCGAGUAUGGCCGAGUACAGCAGAGCCAAGGCAUAUACACCUGUUCAUACCCACCCUCCUGUACCCUCUGUUGAGGAUAUCGCGUCCAGCACUGCUUCACUCGCUAACCUGAUAAGCAAUAACGACCAGGCAGCCAGGGACCUGCAGGCCAACAUGUUUUCAUAUGCCAAGGUGAUGCACAAGCGGCUGUGUGACGUGAUCCCCAUGGAGAUUCGCAUGUGCCUUGAGACUGCUCUGCUGGAUGACACGGACAGUGCGCUGUGGCGGGAGGUUCACGGCGGGGACAUUCUCAAGAUUGCGGCUGUCAAGGCGGCUGACCAGCAGCGCAGGGCUCGGCUGGAGGAGAGCAUCAAAAGGCUGAAGGCAUCUGAAGCCACGCUGCUGGGCCUUGCCUCUGACGCUCCCAGGCUGCUACCGGUAGCCUAG